CGUGCUCAUCCAUCCGCGGCGAGAGAAGCUGACCAAGCGAGGAAGACGAGAGGGCGUCGGCGACUCGGCGGCGUCAUGGCGAGCCCGGUGUUCGAGCCCCACGGCGGCGCGGCGGUGGCGGUGGCCGGGGUCGGCGGCGGCGACGUGGCGUUCUGCGUCGUCAUCCUCUGCCUCUCCGUGCUGUCCAUGAUCAUCUUCGCGGUCUCCACCGACGGCGGGGGGCGGCGGCGCUCCGGCCGGGCGAACGGGCCGGUGUUCGUCGGCGGCAGGGGCUGCGGCUGCGGCGGCCACCGCUCCGGCUCCUGCGUCUGCGGCACCUACCUCUCCUGAGUCCUCGUCACCGCCGCGCGCCCAGCCAGAGGAAGCUAGCUGCCGCCGUGAUCGCUCGCCGCCGGCGAGCUGUACAUGGAGCUGUCCCCGGCGCCGGCUUUGCUCUGCGAAUCCGUAUGGCUAGCUACCUUUUUUUUUGUUGUUUUUUUCUUCAGAGAAAAAAAAUGAAAUAAUUACUACUCCUACAGCUACUGCACACAGCAUGAGUAGCAAUUACUAACUGUAAUGAGAUGGAGUACUGUAAAUUGUAACCAAGUCUAAUAAUAAUCAUUAGUGAGAAUCA